CGACAUGUGUAAGUUGUUGUACGUAUAUGUGUAAGUUUGUGGUUCACUGACAGCAGUGGAUUGAAUCUGCAAUCAGUGAGAAGAUCGAAAUUUAGAUGGCGGAUAAUGGCGGGUGCUGUCCUCCGAUGGAUCUCUUCCGAUCAGAGCCGAUGCAUCUCGUUCAACUCAUUCUUCCUGUCGACUCCGCUCACUUGGCCGUUGCUUAUCUCGGCGAUCUCGCUCUCAUUCAAUUCAAAGAUCUAAAUUCUGAUAAGAGCCCGUUCCAGCGGACAUAUGCUACUCAGAUCAAGAGAUGUGGAGAAAUGGCACGCAAGUUACGGUUCUUUAGGGAUCAAAUGUUGAAGGCUGGGAUGACACCUAUAACAAGGUCUGCAUCAGAAGGCGAUCUUGAUGUUGAUUCCCUUGAGGCAAAACUAGGUGAACUUGAAGCUGAGCUAAUUGAACUUAAUGCAAACAGUAAUAAAUUGCAGCGUGGUUAUAGUGAACUUGUAGAAUUUAAGCUUGUGUUGCAGAAGGCUGGUGAGUUUUUUCAAUCUGCACUAAGCAGUGCUGAAGCUCGGCAGAGGGAGAUUGGAUCGGCUCAGGCUCGUGAAGAGUCCUUGGAAACCCCUCUCUUAGAGGAACAGGAGAUGGGUACUGAUCAGUCAAAGCAAGUUAAGUUGGGGUUUAUAAGUGGCCUUGUUCCUAAAGCGAAAUCUUUGUCAUUUGAAAGGAUUUUAUUUCGUGCUACCAGGGGUAAUGUGUAUUUGAAGCAGGCUGUCGUCGAGCACCCCGUCACUGAUCCUGUUUCUGGUGAAAAGGUUGAGAAAAACGUAUUUGCUGUCUUCUUCUCUGGGGAAAAAGCAAAGAAUAAAAUUUUGAAAAUAUGUGAAGCUUUUGGAGCAAAUCGUUAUUCUUUUAGCGAGGAUAUAUCGAAGCAAGCUCAAAUGAUAACGGAGGUCUCUGGAAGAAUUACAGAACUAAAGACUACAAUUGAUAUCGGGUCAUUACAACGUGAUAAUCUCUUAAAGACUAUUGGUGAAGACUAUGAGCGAUGGAACAUUUUGGUAAGGAGGGAAAAGUCCAUCUACCACACUCUUAAUAUGCUCAGCAUAGAUGUUACGAAGAAAUGUCUUGUGGCAGAAGGGUGGAGUCCUAUUUUUGCUACAAAACAGAUCCAAGAUGCACUACAGCGAGCAACACUCGACUCUAACUCACAAGUUGGUGGAAUUUUUCGGGUUUUACAUACAAAAGAGUCUCCGCCAACUUAUUUUAAGACGAACAAAUUUACUUCAUCUUUUCAAGAGAUUGUUGAUGCAUAUGGUAUUGCCAAGUAUCAAGAAGCGAACCCUGGUGUAUAUACAAUUGUUACGUUCCCGUUUCUUUUUGCUGUCAUGUUUGGUGAUUGGGGACAUGGAAUAUGCCUGCUAUUGGCCACAUUGUAUUUCCUAGUCAUGGAAAAGAAAUUCUCCAGUAAGAAACUUGGGGACAUUAUGGAAAUGACAUUUGGCGGGCGUUAUGUCAUUCUGAUGAUGUCACUUUUCUCAAUCUACACGGGGUUGAUAUAUAAUGAGUUCUUCUCGGUCCCUUUUGAACUAUUCAGCCCUUCAGCAUAUGGGUGCCGUGAUCCAUCCUGCGGGGAUUCUACUACUAUGGGAUUGAUCAAGGUUCGUGACACUUAUCCGUUUGGGGUGGAUCCUGCAUGGCAUGGUACCCGCAGUGAGUUGCCAUACCUCAAUUCAUUAAAGAUGAAAAUGUCCAUCCUCCUCGGAGUAGCUCAAAUGAAUCUUGGAAUAAUACUGAGCUUUUUCAAUGCCAAAUUCUUUGGAAGUGCUGUAAAUAUAUGGUUUCAGUUUAUCCCUCAGAUAAUAUUUCUGAACAGUCUGUUUGGCUACCUUUCCGUAUUGAUCAUUAUAAAGUGGAUUACCGGUUCAAAGGCUGAUUUGUACCAUGUCAUGAUAUACAUGUUCCUUGGUCCCACAGAUGAUCUUGGUGAAAACCAGCUAUUUUCUGGGCAGAAAACAACACAGCUUGUGCUACUAUUGUUGGCUUUUGUUUCGGUCCCAUGGAUGCUGCUUCCCAAGCCUUUUAUAUUAAAGGCCCAACACAAUGUUAGGCAAAAUGGGCAGUCGUACAUACCCCUCCAGGACACCGACGAAUCUUUGCAAGUGGAGACAGCUCAUGAUCCCCAUGCUCAUGCUGAGUUUGAGUUCAGUGAAGUUUUUGUACAUCAACUCAUACACACAAUUGAGUUUGUACUUGGAGCGGUUUCGAACACAGCAUCUUACCUUCGUCUGUGGGCUCUCAGCCUUGCCCAUUCAGAGCUGUCUAGUGUAUUUUAUGAGAAGGUUCUUCUUCUUGCUUGGGGGUACAAUAAUAUCUUUAUCCUUAUCAUUGGUGCCAUUGUGUUCAUAUGCGCGACUGUCGGUGUGUUGCUAGUAAUGGAAACACUAAGUGCCUUUUUGCAUGCCUUGCGUCUGCACUGGGUAGAGUUUCAAAACAAGUUCUAUGAGGGGGAUGGUUACAAGUUUUAUCCUUUCUCAUUUGCAUUAGUAAGCGAGGAGGAGGAAUAAAAAAUGUUGGAGCAGUUUUGCAGACUCUGCUCAAGUACAAAUUUGUAUUGAUUCUUUCUUUCAUUCAGAUCACCUUGCUUAGAGAAAGGCAUGCGUGCUCUACUUUAUAAGAUGCAGCUUUCUGAAGUGUGCCUGGUUACCCCUUCAUUUUAAACCCAUAUUUAUAAGUCAAAUAAGCAGCUACCGCUGUACCUGCAAUGGGGUAUGUAGACUGUAUUUAUAAAAUUGUAUGUUAUGGCUGGGGAGUAUCAGCUUUCUUAGUGAAAGUAAUAUGAGUUCACUUGCGUUGUAUGUAAUAGACUGAAUCAACAAGCUCCCCAAUAGUUAAUUAUUAAUUAAGGAAUUUGCUUCUUGUUAGAA